CCCGCCUUCCUCCUCCACUGAGUCUCUUGUUGUGGAUGCUGCAAGAAGUCUAGGCGAGUAACGUUACAUCUGCUUCAAUAAUGACAGAAUCUCACUCUGCUGUGGCGGGUCAGCAUGUCGCUGCUGAUAAAACCCCGAUUCAGGUGCUUCAUGAGUACGGCGCUAAGAUGGGUCGGCCGCCCGUGUACGUCAUGGAGCGAGCGGACGGAGAGGCGCAUCAGCCCUUAUUCGUCUUCAGCGUCACCGUAGGGGAUGUCACCUGUUCAGGUCAGGGGCCCAGUAAAAAAGCUGCCAAACAUGAGGCUGCAGAGGCUGUUCUGAAACUCCUGGAAUUAGACGCUGAGAAUAGCCCUCAGAAUCCAAGCCUCGAGAAUAAUGGCUAUGGUGCUGAAACAAAUGACCAACCUAAUCCAGUAGGAAUAUUGCAGGAGCUUGCUAUGCAGAGGGCAUGGCGCCUGCCAGAAUAUGUGGUGUGUAUGGAAUCAGGGCCAGCUCAUAAGAAGGAGUUCACAGUUACCUGCAGAUUAGAGACACUUUCUGAGACAGGCACAGGGAGCUCUAAGAAGAACGCCAAGAGGGUAGCGGCAGAAAAAAUGUUGGAAAAACUACAGAGUCUCUCAGGCUCUCCUGAGAUUACUCUCACCAGAGUCCAAAGCCACAUGUGUAUCUAGAAUUUGCGGUCCUCAAAGCUGGAGAAGAUAUCUUUACUGAGGAGGAAUCCUCUAAGUAUCCCAAACACAGACUAUGUACAGAUGAUGCUGGAGUUAUCUCAGGAGCAGGGCUUUGAGGUUACAUAUUUUGACAUAGAUGAACUUACAGUCAAUGGGCAGUACCAGUGUUUGGCGGAGCUGUCCACAACGCCGGUUACUGUGUGUCAUGGUACAGGAAUUUCCUGUAGUAAUGCUCACAAUGAUGCAGCUCAUAGUGCGCUGCAGUACAUCAAGAUUAUGGCCACCAGCAAAUAAACAGAUAAACCUUCUACAGCCUCCAACUGCAUUAUGUAAUCAGCUUAUCCAGCAGAUCUCUUGAACAUCAUGAACAGAUCGGAGCCAUCACUUAAACCUGGAGACCGAUUAGAAUUUUAUGUCUAUUGCUAUUGAAAAUGAUUUUGUUUGUGCAAACAAAUUGCAGAAGUAUGGUAAGUGGAUAAUGGCAGAGUAUUUAUAAGCCUGAAUCAUGUCACUUGUACUCAUUUUGAAGAUCUUGCCAAAGCCUAUAAAGCUGGUGUUUUCAUUGCUGGCUUUAGUGAAGGCCUUUGAAGAAGAGCUGAAUUAUUUGUGUUUUAGACAAAACAGUGUCAAGUUAGCUCCUACAAAGCUAAACUCAUUUAUUCAGUUCCCUUACUUAUUUCUCCACUAAUGUUUAAGUAUAUUUGAUGGUCAGCUGAACAUGUCACAUUUAGAUAUCAUAGAAAAUUAUUACAAAAUGAAGAUAUAUAGGUAUGUGUACAUGUGGUCCAUAUACAAUAACAGUCCAAAGGUUUCUGACAGUGGAGUGAAAAAAAACUGCUUUGUAUAUGAUUUAAGCUGUGAAGCACAAAAAAUAACAUUUGAAAGAGGGGAAACAAAUAUUUUAUAAGGGGGGGGGGGGGUGUGGUGAAGAUUAUAAAAAUAUAUUUUUUAGACACUUUUUUUAAUGCAUCUGUACAUGCCAGUCAGAUGCUGUGUAACACUUGUGACUAACUGUUUUAAUGAAGGUUUGAGUGAUUUGGUAUUUAUUUGUCCGCAUGUUCAUGAUUAAAAGAAUAAAAAAGUAA